AUGGUUUUAUUUCAAAAACGUUCUACAGAUCUCCAGAAGACAGUUCCAUCGAUACUUACGAAGAGUUUAUCAGCUUCAAAAUUUUCUAAAUUAAAAAUGCCGAUUGAGGAGGAUAUUCAAAAAUUUAUUCAAUGCUUGGAAAACUCGCCACUUUCAGUACAUGACGAUAAUGAUCAGAAAAGCAUAACUUUUAACAAUUUAAUGCAAUUUAUUGCUUACUAUCGUGGUGAGGUUAUGCCAGCUGUUGAUGUGCUAAAGGACCUUGAAGUUCAUUAUUUUUUUAAUUUUAAAUAG